GGGACAUUAAUGAGUGACGGUUCAUCAAAGCGGAAGUUUGUUUUGUUUUUGCAAGAAGGUGGCUGUAACUACUCCAAACUACCUAACUCCUCAAAAAUAGAAGGUAUAUUGUGAACACAGCGGCUAAAUGAAGAGCGUAUCUGUCAGUGUACAGUAAGUUAAAGCUGAAAUGUCAAACAUUAAAGAGUACGUCGAUAAACUGACUCGUGUUUAUGAGCGCUACACUGAGUACGUGAAGAGAAACCCAGCCGCUACAGCGCAGCUGGAGAGCACGGCGCGGACCCUCUCCUACCUGAUAGCAGGGCGAUUUGCAGAUUCCCAUGAAAUAUCUGAGCUAGUGUACUCUGCCUCCAAUCUCUUGGUGCUCUUCAACGACAGUAUUCUGCGCAAAGGGCGGAGAUGUGCCUUCCCUGUGUCUCUCUCUCAGCAGAGACUCCUCAACUGGCUGUCUGUGUUGGAGCAUGUGGAGGUUUUCCUGGAGAUGGGAGCCUGCAAGCUGUGGGGGGACGUUGGCCGCUGGCUGGUGAUUGGACUCAUUCAGAUUUUCAAGGCAAUUUUUCGCCUCAUCCUUCUUCUGUGGUACAAAUCCGGCAUCCAGACUUCACCUCCCAUAAUCCCCCUCGACAGAAGUGCAGAAUUUGUCGAUGAAGAAGACGUUAACAGGGAGCAGCAAGAUGACGCCUGCUUUGUGGGGCAGAGGUCGGGACGAGUUAUUAGGCCACUAGGCAGCGCACCCGGCCUGCAGGCCCGGCUGUGGGGAGCGCCGAGUCAGAAGAAGAGGAGGAGCAGCUCAAGUGAGGAGAAGCUCCACAGCAAACCAACACAGCUGCGGCUCCAAGAGACCCUCGCUGAGUCCGUGUACAUCGGACGGCCACUUGUACACUUACUCUGCCUUGGACUCUGUGGAAAACACUCGUGGAAGCCGUGGCUCAUCUCUGGGGUCCUCGAACUCUCUAGUUUCGCUGUGCUCAGUGACAGGAAAUUCCAAAAUCGAUGGGAGAAGGCUGAGAUGAGGAGGAGGACCUUUCUUUUGCUGUACUACUUUCUGCGUUCACCCUUCUACGACAAAUACUCAGAGGAGAAGAUUCUCUUCCUGCUCCGACUGCUGGCCGAUCACGUCCCAGGAAUCGGGCUCGUUGCACGCCCUCUGAUGGAUUACCUCCCCACCUGGCAGAAGAUCUACUUCUACAACUGGGGAUAAAGCCUGCUGGACGUGCUCGCACCUUUGACGUCUGCAAGUCAAAAAAAAAAAAAAAAGGCAACGUUGAGAAAGGGACGGUCGGACCCAGGGACAGAGACGCUUGCUAUAAUUCCCCACUAAUCAGAUAAAAUGAUGUGGAAAUGAUGACCACUCGGAACUGUCCUAAACGUCUUGAUUUAGAAGGCUACUCCAGAAAUAAAUGAAACCCCCCCCCCCACAGGUUUUAUGACCUUGUUUUUCACUUUACGAAACACGGGUGUGACUGAAGUGUUUGCCUCGUGUCGGAGAUCUUCAUUCUUUGAGUUGUUCAUGAUUCACAACAUUGUCUGUACUGUGAAGCGUUUGGUAUUUGCUUUGACAGCUUGUAUUAUGAGGCCAAAUAUUUUUAUGAGCAACAGUAUUUCAUUCCAUUGUCUCGAAGCCCUCGGCUCGGUUCCAUUCUGUCAAGAUGAGCAGCCUCGUUUGCCGACAACUGGUGCCGCAGGGCAGGAAUCUGUACGACGUCUGAAUCACACAACUAGAGUGACGACAAUCUCAACACCUCAUUUACCCGAGUAGGCUUUCAAAUUCCCCCGUUCUUGUUGGAGUUUUCAUUCAGAAAUGAGCUAUAUAAUGCCAGUGGGAAACAGAUUAAUCAUGAAUAAUGUGAGACGGCAAAAACCGAUUAAAGGCCGUGCAAGUGUGUGUGUGUGUCUGAGAAAGCUGGAGUCAAUGACAACAAGCCAGAGGUUUUGAAUCUUUAUUAACUUACUGAAUAGGUUUCUUUUUUUGUAGCCUACAAAUAAAUAGUCAAAUGUUUCAUCCUCUCAGUUCACGUUUGUUACUUUAUUGGAGAGUUUUAUCACAGGUGGAACAUACACAGGCAUGGCCACGCUAGGAUCCAUUAAAGAUAAUUACUAACAGGUUUCCAGACCUCAUCUACUUGAGACAGUUCUUUCAAUAACUUGUUGAAUGUCAAGUCUGCCGGGAACAUAAAGGUGAAGGUAGUGUGUGUGUCUGGGAAGGGUAAGAGGGUGUGUGACACAUGUAAGCUGUCAGGCCAUGCUUAAUAAGUCGGCCCUGAAAACAUUUCUUCAGCUGAACGGCGUCAGAGAAGGAAGGGCUCCUUCUCACAAAGACAAAUAAUUUCUGUCUUAAUGGGCACAACUGUUACGAUGUGGUUAACACCUUUAAAGGCAGGAAUAUUAGGAAGGAAUAUUUCAUUGGCCAAUAAUUAAAAACUGAACAGAAACUGAAGAAGUCAUCCUUCCAAAAUAAAA